UGUAUUUUUUCCUUGCCAUAGAAGCUAAAAACCUCUACAUAUAGUCCCCUUGUAUCUCUCUUACUUUUUCUUCUUCACUAACACUCAAAACUGUUUGAAAUAUUCUAUUCACAAUCCUGCAAUUCAACUCUAGCCAAUAACUAUCAAUGGAGCCAGCUGAAGUUACAGUCUCUGAAAACCAACAGCUCUGCCCUGACUCUCUGCCUUUUGCAAGAAGUUAUCAGUUAGAGGCAUUGGAGACGGCAUUAAAGCGGAAUACUAUUGUUUAUUUGGAGACUGGUUCUGGAAAGACCCUUAUUGCUAUUAUGCUUUUGAGAAGCUAUGCUUAUCUUCUUCGAAAGCCUUCUCCAUAUAUAGCUGUUUUCUUGGUCCCGACGGUUGUUCUGGUGGCUCAGCAAGGAGAUGCUCUCAUUAUGCAUACCGACUUGAAAGUGGGCAAGUAUUGGGGAGAAAUGGGUGUCGAUUAUUGGGAUGCUGCUACAUGGCAAAAACAGGUGGUCGAUCAUGAGGUGCUGGUAAUGACACCCGCAAUACUACUUGCUGCUUUGAGGCAUAGCUUCUUAAAAAUUGAAAUGAUCAAAGUUCUAAUAUUUGAUGAAUGUCACAAUGCAAGAGGCAAACACCCUUAUGCCUGCAUAAUGAAGGAAUUUUAUCAUCGUCAAUUAACCCUUGAAAGCGCACAACUUCCAAGAAUAUUCGGAAUGACUGCUUCCCCAAUAAAGACUAAAGGUUCUAGCGUGGAAUUUACUUGGAAAAUGAUUCGUGACCUCGAGAACCUUAUGCAUUCCAAGGUAUACACGUGUGUCAGUGAAUCUGUUUUGGCCAAGUAUAUCCCAUUCUCAACUCCGAAGCUGAAGAUAUAUCGACAUGUGGAUAUUCCGUGCACAUUGUUUGUUAGUUUAGUUUCUGACCUGAUAAGGUUGAAAGACAAGUAUGAAGAUUCGAUUUCAAAAUCAAGCCUAUCUGAUUUAAGUGCUGGUUCUGCAAGUAAAAGAUUGUCAAAACUAUAUUCGUCCUUCAUAUUUUGUUUGAGUGAGCUGGGUGUUUGGCUGGCUUUCAAGGCAGCCGAGUUCUUGUCCUCUGAAGAAACCGACUUCUUUUCAUGGGGAGAAUUAGAUGUUUGUGCUCAAAGGAUUGUUAGAAAUUUCAGUUUGGGUGCAUCUAAGGUCUUCUCGGCUCACAUACCAUCUGGUUCACAUUGGUCACUUGGUGGUGAUAUUCAUGCAAAUGUUGAUGCUGGAUAUUUGACAUCCAAAGUUAAUAGUCUUAUAGAGUCUCUUCUUGAGUACAGAGACCUGAAGGAUUUGAGAUGCAUCAUAUUUGUUGAGAGAAUCAUUACAGCUAUCGUUCUUCGGUCUUUGUUAAAUGAGUUGCUUCCGGAUUUAAGUGGUUGGAAAACUGAGUACACAGCUGGACAUAGUUCUUUGCUGCAGUCACAGAGUAGAAAUGUUCAAAAUAAAAUUGUUGAAGAAUUUCGCAAGGGUGUGGUCAACAUUAUUGUAGCGACUUCUAUUCUUGAAGAGGGCUUGGAUGUUCAAAGUUGCAACCUUGUCAUUCGAUUUGAUCCCUCAGCAACUGUUUGUAGCUUUAUACAGUCUCGUGGUCGAGCUCGAAUGCAGAACUCACACUUUAUUCUGAUGGUUGGGAGCGGGGAUGCAUCAACUCUCACUCGCAUGCAAAAUUAUAUGCAAAGUGGGGAGAUCAUGCGGCAAGAAUCAUUACGCCAUGCUUCUAUUCCGUGUUCACCUCUUGAUGAUGAAUUGCACGAUGAACCUUACUAUAAAGUUGAAACAACUGGAGCAGUUGUCACCCUUAGUUCUAGCGUGUCAUUGUUAUACUUCUAUUGCUCAAGGCUACCUUCGGAUGGGUACUAUAAACCCAGUCCUAGGUGUGCUAUUGAGAAGGAAACAGAAACCUGCACUCUAUAUCUUCCCAAAAAUUGCCCACUGCAAAAAGUUAUUAGUGUGAAAGGGAAUACCAAAAUAUUGAAGCAACUUGCUUGCCUCGAAGCUUGUAAAGAACUUCAUCGUGAGGGUGCCUUGACCGACAAUCUUGUUCCUGAUAUCGUGGAGGAAGAAGCCAUCAUCAAAGAAUUGGGAUGUCAAAUCUAUACCGAUGAAGAAUUGAAGUACUUUCCACCAGAAUUGGUUAGUCAUUGUGCCAAUGAUACAGAAGCAGUGUACUACUGCUACGAAGUUGAUUUGCAACAUGACUCUUACAGCAGUUACCAGCUUUGUGGGAUAAUACUUGCUGUUAGGACAAGGCUCAAGUUUGACGAUGAAAGAUUGACCUUUGACUUGGAUGUUGAUAAGGGAAGCUUGCUAGUUCAAGUAAAUUAUAGUGGAGUUGUUAGACUUACUUCUGAAGAGGUUUUACGAUGUCAGAGGUUUCAAGUCAGUCUAUUCAGAAUUCUUCUUGACCGCGAUCUGAGUAAACUGGAGGACGCUUUGGCCGCAGUUCAACUGCCUGUUGGUUCUGCAGUUUCUGAUUAUCUUUUGCUUCCAUCUUUGGGUUCAACUCAAAACCCUCAAAUAAAUUGGGAAUGUGUGAAUUCUGUGCUGUUUCCUUCUCAAGUUCUUGGGGAUAAGCAUAUUGAUUGUUGUUCUACACAAGGUCGCAAACGCAGUGUGAACACCAAAACUGGGGUGGUAUGCAGCUGCAUGUUGGAGAACUCAUUGGUCUGUACGCCUCAUAAUGGCUAUGUGUACUGCAUUACCGGUUUUUUGGAUAAUCUGGAUUGCAACUCAUUGCUGGAACAGAGAACUGGAGAAUCCAUUACCUACAUAGAAUAUUAUAAAAAGCGGCAUAGGAUCAACUUAUGCUUUGAUGGAGAACAACUUCUUAGGGGGAAACACAUUUUCAAAGUGCACAAUUACCUUCAAAGAUGCAGAAGUCAGAAGGCUAAAGAUUCAACUGAAUCGUCUGUUGAAUUACCUCCUGAACUGUGUUCCAUCAUCAUGUCACCUGUCUCUAUUUCUACCCUUUUUACCUAUUCAUAUCUUCCUUCGGUCAUGCAUCGGGUUGAGUCCUUGAUUAUGGCCUCAAACUUGAAAAGGAUGCACUCGUAUCAGUGCACGCAAAACAUUUUUAUUCCAACCGCUAAGGUUCUGGAAGCAAUUACAACAAAGAAAUGCGUCGAAAAGUUUCAUUUGGAAUCACUUGAGACACUUGGAGACUCUUUUCUCAAAUAUGCUGCGAGUAUACAGCUGUUCAAGACUUAUGAAAAUCAUCAUGAGGGUCUACUCACUGUAAAGAAAAACAAAAUUAUUUCCAAUGCUGCAUUGUGCAAGCUUGGAUGUGCUCGUAAAAUACCGGGAUUUAUUCGUAGUGAACCAUUCGAUCUUAAAGGAUGGCUCAUUCCUGGUGAUAAUUCUCAAGUUCAGAAUUUCGAUGAAGAAUUGCUGAUGCCUUCUGUAAAAAUGUAUAGUAGGGGAAGGCAGAAGAUUAAAAGUAAGAGAGUAGCUGAUGUUGUUGAGGCACUGAUAGGUGCCUUUCUCAGCUCAGGCGGUGAAGUAGCGGCUUUGUCAUUUAUGAAAUGGCUUGGGGUCGACAUUGAUUUUGUAGAUGCACCUACGCCGAGGCACUUCCCCAUGAAUGCUGAGAAGCUAGUUAAUGUUCGAUACUUGGAAUCACUGCUAGAUUACAAGUUCCAUGAUCCUUCUCUGCUUGUUGAAGCUCUAACUCACGGAUCUUACAUGCUACCUGAGAUUCCACGAUGCUAUCAGCGCUUGGAAUUUCUUGGAGAUGCAGUGCUAGAUUAUGCUGUUACAGCACAUCUCUAUUUCAAAUAUCCGGGACUGUCUCCGGGAUUCAUUACUGAUUUGAGGUCUGCCUCCGUAAAUAACGAAUGCUAUGCUCAAGCUGCUGUUAAGGCUGGCCUACACAAACACAUUCUUCAUGCUUCACAAGAUCUGCAGAGACAGAUAGUUAAUACUGUUCUGAAUUUUGAGAAACUAGAUCCCGCGUCUACGUUCGGAUGGGAGUCCGAAACUACUUUUCCAAAGGUGCUUGGAGAUGUCAUUGAGUCUCUUGCCGGGGCCAUCUUUGUUGAUUCUGGCUUCAACAAAGAUGUUGUGUUUCAGAGCGUACGAACUCUACUGGAACCGUUGAUUACCCCGGAUACAGUAAAGCUCCAUCCAGUCCGAGAGUUGAGUGAACUAUGUGACCAGAAAGGUUAUAUAAAGAAGAAGAAUGUUGUCUCUCGUGAGAACGGCGUGGCGUAUAUUACAGUAGAGGUUGAAGCAGAUGGUGUUAGUCACAAGUUCACGUGCUCGGAACGGGACAAAAAAAUGGCCGAGAAGGUGGCUUGCAAAAAUGUACUAAAAUUGCUGAAGGAAUUUGCAUCUGAUGCUUAGCUGUAGUUACUUUUCUGCGACUUCAGGUUGCAAAAUUUUCAUAUGUUUUGGUUUCUGCCCUUAUUGUGUGUUCCUUUUGUAUUCUGCUAUUAUUUCAAAGU